AUGCCGGCAUUUUAUUAUCAAAGCAUUCAUUAUUUACCAAAUUAUCAAGCUGUCAUGCUAUCACUCAAUUUACCAAUUUCAUUAACCGGUACACCAGGACAUAUUUUUGUUAACCAAUAUACCAGGAUGUAGCCAAAAAGGUGGGAAACUUGGUCAAAAACAGUCUUUUCUGAAAAGGAAUUGUCAAAAAAGAUAUCAAAAUUCAAGGGAAUCCAAAAGCAGAAGAAAGUUCCUGUGGAUGUAGCAAGGAAUUCUGCUACAGAAAUCAAGUUUGUCAGUGAUGAUGUUUUGAGCGAACAAAUUCCACCUUCCGCUGCUUCGGCAUGAGUUAGAAAACUUGCUGUCAAAUGCACAGAAACUCUUUUCCAAUGAAAGUAUGGAUCUGAAAGGUGAAAUACCAGAAGGAUACCAGCAUGUGUUCAUGAAUAGUUUUCUUGUGUUGUUAUCACUCAUUUAUUCUUUAUUUUUAGUGUUGUAAAUCAUCUAGAACUUCGAGAAAUAAGCACAAGUCAAUUUGACCUUGGCAGCAGCUUAUAUGCUAUUUGUGAUGAUUGUGGUCUGUCGGAAUUUCUGGCCACUGGUGACCAUCAUUCCUCAGAUGAUGCCCCCUGA